AUGGUUCGUUUCGGACUAUCGGCUUUGCUUUUUGCAGGGCUGUCACUCGCUCAGGAUGAGCUGUCUCAGCCUCCGCAGCCCGAACAGGGUACUGUUGCCCACCUGCCUGGUGCUUAUAUCUUCGAGUUCGAGGAGAGCCAGGAUACUUCUGUCUUUUACGAUAAGACAGAAAGCCAGUCCACCACCCGUGUCAAAUUUGACUAUGACCUCUUCAAGGGUGUCUCAGUCCAAUUUGACGAUGUUGCAUCUGCUGAAGAACUCGCUGCCAAGAUGGCUGCUCUCCCAGUCGUCAAGAACGUCUGGCCUGUCAAGGUCUACGGAAUCCCUGCACCUCGAGUGGAGUGGGUCGCAGAGCCAGGAAUGAAAGCUCCUCUUUCCAAGAGAGCUGUCAAUGAUACCGCUGAUACCUUCUCGCCUCAUGUCAUGACUCAGGUUGACAAGUUGCGCAAGAAGGGAAUUACUGGACAUGGAAUCAAGGUUGCUGUCAUUGACACUGGUAUCGACUACAAGCAUCCAGCCCUUGGUGGUUGCUUCGGCCCCGACUGUCUCGUGUCUUUCGGCACUGAUCUGGUUGGUGAUGACUACGAUGGUUUCAACGCCGUUCACCCCGAUGACGACCCCAUGGAUUGCGCUGGUCAUGGUACUCACGUUGCAGGAAUCGUUGCUGCUCAAACCAACCCUUUCGGUUUUACUGGUACAGCUCCAGGAGUCACUCUUGGUGCUUACCGUGUCUUUGGCUGUUCCGGAGAGGCCGGCAAUGAUGUUCUCAUCGCUGCGUACAACCAAGCUUACCAAGAUGGCGCCGACAUCAUCACUGCCUCUAUCGGAGGUCCCAGCGGUUGGUCAGAGGAGCCUUGGGCCGUUGCCGUCUCCCGUAUCGUCGAGAAGGGUGUGCCAUGUCCCGUGUCUGCUGGUAACUCCGGCGACGUCGGCAUGUUCUACGCCAGUACCGCCGCCAACGGUAACAAGGUCAUGGCCAUUGCCUCUUACGAUAACAGCGAUUACAUCUCGCUUCUCAAGCAGCACCACUACACCGUUGACGGAAGCGACACCAAGAUUGCCUUUGGCAUGACUGCUGGCACUCCCGCUGCUUGGGAUGAUGUCAAGCUUCCUAUCUGGGCUCCCAGUCUGGACACCACUGUGGCAAAUGGCGGUUGCGACCCUUACCCCGCCGACACACCUGAUCUCAGCAAGUUCAUUGUCUUGGUUCGUCGAGGAACUUGCACCUUUGCCCAAAAGGCCCAGAACGCUGCCAAUGCUGGAGCAAAGUAUUUCAUUGUCUACAACAAUGCUGGUGGCGCCAACGAAAUCGAUGUUUCUGCCGUGAAGAGCAUUCUCGCAGCUGGCAUGGUCACUUCCAAGGUCGGUGCCAAGUGGAUCGGUCUUCUCAAGGAAGGUUCCAAGGUCACACUCGAGAUGUCCGCUGGCUCUGACGGAGAGGUCAUCAUGGAAGAGAGCAAGAACGACAAGACGGGUGGUGCAGUUAGCACUUACUCCUCUUGGGGACCUACUUGGGAGAUGGACGUCAAGCCCCAAUUCGGCUCUCCCGGUGGAAACAUUCUUUCAACUUAUCCUCUUGCCAAGGGUGGCUAUGCUGUUCUUUCUGGAACUUCCAUGGCUUGCCCUCUCGUCGCCGCUACUAUCGCUCUUAUUGCUGAGGUCCGUGGAACUCUCGACCCCGAGACUAUUGAGAACCUUCUUGCAUCGACCUCAAACCCUCAACUCUUCAACGACGGUACAGGAUUCUCCGAUUACCUGGCGCCUGUUCCUCAACAAGGUGGUGGCAUGAUCCAAGCCUACGACGCUGCGUACUCGACGGUCUUGAUGGAUGUUUCCAGCUUGUCCUUCAAUGACACUGAUAACUUCAUCAAGGUCCGCAACUUCACUAUCCACAACACUGGCAAGAAGGAGAUCGAUCUCAGUGUCUCCCACAUCCCUACCAAGAGUGUCUACACUCUCGACAAGGACAGCAUUUAUGCUUCUACUUUCCCCAACGACGUUGCCGAUGCUCAUGCUGAGCUCAAGUUCAGUGAGGCCAAGCUUUCCGUUGGUGCAGGUGAGAAGGUCACUAUUGAGGUUGUCCCUUCUGCUCCUGAAGGUCUCGACGCCAAGCGUCUCGCUCUUUGGUCUGGUUACAUCGCCAUCAACGGUACUGGAGUGUCUCUGUCUCUGCCUUACCAGGGCAUGACAGGUUCUCUGCAUGACUCUGUUGUCUUGGGAUCUGACGAUACAUGGAUCGCCAGAUCUAACGAUAAGGAUAAGCUCACUCCUGUCCCCGCCAACACAACCUUCAUCUUGCCCGUCAAGGGCCAGAAUGCUACCGAUGCCCAGCCUGCCCCCGCUUUGGCCUGGAAGCUCGCGCUCGGCUCCGCUAAGCUCGAAGCCGAGCUCAUUCCCGUCGGCGGAAACUCUACCAAGAGUCUCGGUGCACCUGCUGGAUUCCCUGUGCAGUGGAACCCCAUGGGUGACGGUAACAUUGUGUGGAAUGGUAAGCUUGCCGAUGGUGGAUACGCUCCAGCUGGCAAGUACAAGGUCAAGUACCAGGCCUUGAGGAUUUUCGGAGACGAGAAGGUGAAGAGUGACUGGGAUCAUUCGGAGUCGCCUGUGUUCAGCGUCAAGUACCCUUAG